ACUCGUAAUUGAGUGAUGGACUCAUAUAACUUAUUUGGUGAUGAUGGAAGCGGUAUGUUGGAAGGACUUACUGAUCUUGGUGGAACAGACAGCUUUGCUGGUGGCUCAUCAUCUUCAGUAGCUGAUAAUAAGGAUGCUACAGAAAACAGUUAUAGGCAGACAUACAACCAAGGUGGUGUAACGCAAGAAGCUUCAAUUCAGAAACUAGCCACAUUUGGCGGGAGUUCUGGUAGCAUACCUAAUAGUGCCCAACCAGGUCCACCACCAGGAGCUGGACCGCCAGGUCCAGAAUAUCAUGAUUAUGGCAAUUAUCCUCCUCGCCCUCGGUUACCUCAGCCGCCACAUGCACCACUACAUCCAUCACAUCAUGUACAUCCUUCACACUCGUAUCCUGGAUAUCAUCCUGGACCAGACCCAAUGUACACUAUGCCUGAACAAACAGGUAUUGGGGAUAUGGGUGUGUGGUCUGGUGCACCAGGAGGUAAUAGAUACGCUCCGAUCGCGGGCUACAGACAUUCUUAUGAACACCAGCAAAAGAUACAUCAAUACACUCCACAACAGAGUUCUGGUAUAGGCGGUCUUCAGGCACAGAAUGGAACAUAUUUACCGCGGCAGCCUCAUUUCUCCCAGCCUACGUCACAACAAAUUUAUGGACAACAACAGAAUUAUCCUAAUUAUACGCAAAUGCAUCCCCCAGCAGCAUCGCGUAUAGGUCAACAUCCUACUUACCACCAACAAAUGGAAGUAAAUCCUCAUCAAUAUGGAAUGCCUCAUGGUCAACAAAGUCAUACUUCGUUGCCUCAACAUCAACCACACCAAAAUAUGGCUAGCCAUGCAAGUGGUUUGGGUCCUGGCAUCCAGAAUCAUCCAAAUGUUCAUCUUCAUCAUCCUAGUGCAGCUCCUCUUCAUCAUGUGCCGCGUCAACCUCCAGUACCACCUUCUUCUGUGGCUCCCUCACACCCAGUCCCUUCAAACAUACCUUAUGCAUCACCUCAUCAUUCCGUUCCAAUGAAUUACCAACCUCAUCAGGUUCAACAUCCUUUAGAUGUUAAUGUUACAAAUCAAUAUAAUCCAGUGAAACCUACUGGUAUAGAAACUGGAAGCCCCCAGUAUCGUCCAGCAUUUCCACAAUUAUCGCCUCAAAUGUCGCCACGAGCGCAAAUGUCUCCACGACAGCAACAAGCACCGCAGUUGUCUCCAAGACCUGUAAUGUCACCAGUGAAAGGACCUAGUGCAUCUCCUCAUGCAUCUCGCAAUGUGGUUCAGACGUCAUCCGCAACUGGUCCUUCAUCCACGGCGGGCUCAUUUACAUCUCAGAAUACUUUACAAGCUUUAGAACAAAUGGUUUUACCUACCGGCACAGAGUAUCCAUUUCAACGGAAUCCUUCACCAGCUAUCAGUCAUAUAGUUUCUUCUCCCUCACAAUGGGGUCAAACAAAAAUAGCCACUUUAGGUAAUAUUACACCAAUGGAGAGCAGUGAUCAAACUACAAAGCCUCCAGAGCCUAAUUCCUCUAUUCCGCCUGUAUUAAAAUCUGAACUGGUGAAUAAAAGUAUUCCAGUUUCCUCAUCAAAUGUUGAAGUUAAAAACAUAGAAAAGACAGAAAACGAACAUGAAAGACCGUCUGAUAAUUUAAGUUCGCCCUCGUUUAAACAACCAACUGCCAUGACUAAUAUUUCAAAGGAUAGCAUAUCCGGUAGUUCUAUGACUACUAAUUUAAAUUCAUCUUGCGUUCCCACUGAAGAACCGGAUGCGCAGGAUAAAUUACCUCAUACAAAUCAAGUUAAAGAAAUAAUUACCGAAUUAAAAGAAGAAGAAAAAAUAGAAAAGAAUUCUGAUGUUCUUCAAAAAAAUGAUCAAACACAAGAGACUAAACAAUAUUCUAAUGAGACUGUAAAUAAACCAACUAAUGUUGAAACUUCAAUUACUCAAGGACUAUCAUUACCACCUUCGUCAAUGAAAAAUGUAGUUAAUCCCGUUACUGAUUCUUCUCAACUAAAUGUCUCACAUCACAUGAACGUGCCAAUGCAUCCUCCGCCUUUAAGUGGUACAACGAAUUCUGCGAAUCAGUACGAUAACAUAACAAAUUUAAAUGUCAGUCGAAAUCAAAAUUAUCCAGCUAAUAAUGUGCAAAAUGCUUCAACUAAUUUGCCGAAUAUAUUACCACCGACUCUUCCGUCAAAUUUGCAGUCUAAUACAAAUUCUAUUCCUUCAACUUUUGAAAGUGGAACUACUGCUGUAACCCAAUCUGUACCUAACGGGCAACAAAAUCAUUCUAUUCAACCCGGAAAUUUAUCAAAUCCUGUGACUUCAAGUUUACCGGUUCAUAAUCAACAGAAUAAUUUAAGUUGUAUACCGUCAGUCAUGCCUAGUAUGCAGACAAAUAUUCAACCACCAACAAUGUCUAAUGUACCCAGUAAUAUGUCUAUCGUUCCACCAAAUACGUCUACAAAUAUACCUAAUGUGCCAGUAGGAAUGUCUCUUAAUGUCCCAACCAUACAUUCCAAUAUGGGACCUUCGAUCCAGACAAUCCCAAACAUACCCCAUAACAUGCCUCAUAAUCCAAAUAUAAUUAUUAUGGGAACAAAUACUAUGCCGCACCCUAACAUGCCCGGUAUGUAUCCCGCAUCACAUCACCAAGAAAGAUUAUCUUUACAGCAACAGAUUCAAGAAAUUUAUUGUUUACCACCGUCGACUGAAAAUCAGGAAAAAGUUCGAUGUUUACAAGAAAGAUUAGCUUUAUUACAGCAACACGAAACAAAUGACAAGUGUAAUGGUAGUCCUAAUUGUCUAUUACAAAAUCCUCUUUAUGGUUCAAAAAUGGUUGAAAGUCCACAAGUAACCAGUACAACCGGACGUGGGAGAGGUAAGGGUCCUACAAAACCAAGAAAACCAAGAGUAAAGAAGGAAAAGAAUAUAAGCAUGGCUCCUCUAGAUCAAUUGCCUGUUUCCGAAGAUUGUGUAACAGCUGGUACGGGACUGCAAAGCAAUUCGGAACUGGACAUAGAGUUAAAUGAAGAAAUUGCAAAUCUUGAUAGUAGUGCUUUAUCAGUAAAUGCUCUUAGUAGCGGAAAAAUUAAAAAACCAAGAGGUCCUCGAAAGAAUAAGGAAAGAAAACCUCGAACACCUAAAGAACCCAAGCCCACUAAACUGACAGAAGAUAAACCAGUGAAACAGCGAAAGAAACGGGAACCCAAAGAUCCUAACGCUCCGAAACGUAGAAGAAAUAUAAAAAAAGAUGCACCUGAAAUUCUGGCAGAUACAACAACGAGUUAUGAUUUGUUAGAAAAAAAUAAUGUUGACAAUAAUUCAAGUGAAAUCUCUGUGAACAAAAAUAUUAACACCAAUGUCACUAAAACUAAUACAACUUCAGAAUUGCCAGGUUUAGAUGAAAGUAUAGUUACAGAUUUUGAUGACAUACCUGUUUCUAAAAUUGCAAUCAAAGAUUUAUUAGAAGAAGCAGAGGCAAAAAGAGAAUGUGAAAAAGAUGAGGAGGCUGAUUCUAUGAAUCAAAAGAAACGUUCAACGAAAAAACGGGCUUCAUCGGGCGGCAGCUGUAAAAAAAUGUCGAUAAGAAAAACGCCUGGUGGUCGUAAAAAGAAGCGUGGUGGAUUAAUUCCGGAUUCUGAUGGUGAACCCGAUGAUAUGAUGUCCACUCCUCCGCCGUCUCCACCGCCGGAGGGAGAUGACAGUUUAAAAAGACGUUCGGCUCGAAAUACUCAGCGUAAAAAAUAUACCGAUGAUGUUAUGUUACGAUUAUCAGACGAUGAGUUUACAAUUACAACUCCCAGAAUCGAAAAAGAUUUUAAGCCAGACGAAUUAUCUGCUGAAACCAAAGAAAAUAUUAAACUUGAGGGCACACCUAAGCCUAAUUAUAUGUAUGUGAAUACCACUGAAGAGGAUUCUAUGAUAGUUCAACAUGUCUUGGCAUGCCGAAUGGGAAAAAGAGAAUUAAAAAUAGAUCUUAGUAGUGACGUAGUGCCAAUAAUUGAAAAAGAGGAGGCGACAGUGAUUACGGACGAGAAAUCUCCAUCGUCCAGUCAGCCCUCAGUCGUUGUUAAUGAUAGUAAUGAAGUUUCUGUUCAGGAAACAGCAACGUUAUCAGAGCCAAAAGAAAAAGAUGAGUCUGAAGUCUUAGAUGAAACAUCCAAACAGAUUAAUAUUAAACCAAGUAAUACGGCGGAUAAAGAAAAUGCUGAGUCAAAAAACAAGAAACCUGUUAUGAUUGAUGUUGAGGAAUAUUUUGUUAAAUACAGAAACUUUUCAUAUUUACACUGUGAAUGGAAAACGGAAGAAGAAUUAUACAAAGGUGACAAAAGAAUAUUCUCAAAAAUAAAACGAUUUAAACAAAAACAAGCUCAACAAAUGAAUAUAUUUGAACUUUUUGAUGACGAGCCAUUUAAUCCUGAUUAUAUUGAAGUGGAGAGGAUUCUAGAUAUGUCGGAAAACCAAGACCCUGCGAAUAAUACAGUGGUUAAACAUUAUUUAGUAAAGUGGAAAAGUUUACAAUAUGAAGAUAGUACAUGGGAGCUGGAAGAAGACAUAGACGUUGACAAAAUAAAGCAAUUUAAACUAUUUACCGAAAUACCACCCAAAGAGAAAUGGAAAUUUAAGAAAAGGCCAUCUGCUGAUCAUUGGGUACAACUUAAGGAAUCACCUUUAUAUAAAGGUGGUAACACACUAAGACCUUAUCAACUAGAAGGACUCAAUUGGUUGCUAUUUUCUUGGCAUAACAACCGCAAUUGUAUCUUAGCAGAUGAAAUGGGACUUGGUAAAACUAUACAAAGUUUAACAUUUGUUAAUUCUACUUGGGAGUAUGGUAUCAGAGGUCCCUUUCUUAUUAUAGCUCCGUUGUCGACUAUACCUAACUGGCAAAGGGAAUUUGAAGCAUGGACAGAAAUGAAUGUUGUUGUAUACCACGGUUCACAGCAAAGUAAAAGUAUGUUACAAGAAUAUGAAUUUUAUUAUAAAAAUGAAGAUGGGGAACCAAUUAAAGAAAUAACAAAGUUCAAUGUCCUUAUUACGACUUUUGAAAUAAUUGUCACUGAUUUCCAAGAGCUUAAAUCGUUUAACUGGCGGAUUUGUGUUAUAGAUGAGGCUCAUAGACUAAAAAAUCGUAACUGUAAAUUAUUAGAAGGCUUGAGACAGCUUCAUUUGGAACAUAGAGUUUUGUUAUCUGGAACACCUUUACAGAAUAAUGUAAACGAAUUAUUUUCAUUGCUUAACUUUUUGGAACCUUCUCAGUUUUCUAGCAGUGAUGCUUUUCUUAAUGAAUUUGGUCAAUUGAAAACUGAAUCAGAAGUGUUAAAAUUACAGGCUUUAUUAAAGCCAAUGAUGUUAAGAAGACUAAAAGAAGAUGUUGAGAAAACGUUAGCACCUAAAGAGGAAACAAUAAUUGAAGUUGAAUUAACUAAUAUUCAGAAAAAAUAUUAUAGGGCAAUAUUAGAAAGAAAUUUUAGUUUUUUGCAAAAAGGAACUGCAUCGGCUGCAAAUAUUCCCAAUUUAAUGAAUACCAUGAUGGAACUUAGAAAGUGUUGUAUUCAUCCAUAUUUGCUUAAUGGUGCGGAAGAUCAGAUUCAAUUUGAUUACAAGCAAACUUAUGGAGAAGAUAAAGAAGCUUACUAUAAAGCUCUUAUACAAUCUUCGGGUAAAAUGGUUUUAGUUGACAAAUUAUUGCCUAAAUUAAAAGCUGGUGGUCAUAGAGUUUUAAUAUUUAGCCAAAUGGUUAGAUGUCUCGAUAUAUUAGAAGAUUAUUUGUUGUUUCGAAAAUAUCCUUUUGAAAGAAUUGACGGCCGCAUUAGAGGUAACCUACGGCAAGAAGCUAUUGAUAGGUUCUCUAAACCAGAUUCAGAUAGAUUUGUGUUUUUGUUAUGCACUAAAGCUGGAGGUUUAGGGAUAAAUCUAACUGCUGCGGAUACUGUUAUAAUAUAUGACAGUGAUUGGAAUCCUCAGAAUGAUUUACAAGCUCAAGCUCGUUGUCACCGCAUUGGUCAACAAAAAAUGGUUAAAAUUUAUAGGUUAAUAUGUCGUAACACUUAUGAAAGAGAAAUGUUUGAUAAAGCUUCUUUAAAGCUGGGCCUUGACAAAGCGAUAUUGCAAAGUAUGAAUACAACACAAGGAAAAGAGACAGGCCUUAAGCAACUGUCAAAGAAAGAAAUAGAAGACUUGUUAAAAAAGGGCGCAUAUGGAGCUGUAAUGGAUGAGGACAAUGCUGGUGACAAAUUUUGUGAAGAAGACAUAGAGAUGAUAUUGGCUCGUAGAACUCAAGUUAUUCAAAUGGAGUCCGAAAAAGGUUCUACAUUUUCAAAAGCAAGUUUUGCUGCUACUGACCAAAGGUCAGAUAUUGAUAUUAGAGAUCCUGAUUUUUGGAACAAGUGGGCUAAAAAGGCCGAAAUAGACACAACGGAAAAAAAAGAGGAUGAAGAUUUGAUCGUUACUGAACCUCGAAAACGAACUGUUAUUAAACGAUAUGGUCAUGAUGAUGGACCUAUGGAAAUGUCAGAUAUGGAAGUGACCCCAGAUUCCGACGAGGAUGAAGAAGGUAUAAGUUUGCGAAGCAAACGUAAAAAGGAAAAAUUCGGCAGAAAAGGUAGAAGAUAUGCAAGUGAUGACUAUAUUCCGCGACAUGAAGGCGUUUUUGUUGAUGAAGAAGUUGUAUAUGGAUCGUGGACUAGAUCAGAAUGCUUCAAAAUUGAAAGAGGACUGCUCACUUUUGGUUGGGCGAGAUGGGAAGAAAUUAUCGAUAAAAAUCAAUUCCGAAAAGGGUGGACGCUGCCUGUCAUUGAAGAUUGUGCGCGUAUUAUAGUACUUUAUUGUUUGCGUCAUUAUAAAGGUGAUGAAAAGAUAAGAAAUUUUAUAUGGGAUUUGAUUGAACCUUGCGAAAAUGGAGAGGUAACUAUCUCUAGAAAUCACAGUGGACUUCAUAAUCCAGUACCUAGAGGAAGAAAUGCUAAAAAGAAGAACAAACCAAAAGAUACGCCUAAACUCAAUGAUACCCAGAAAUGGGAAGAUUCUAAUCAUUGGAGUUCAACGGAAAAAUACGAUUGUGAAGCAUACUUAGAAAGUAGCUAUAAAAAGCAUUUAUUCAGACAUGCUAAUAAAGUCCUGCUACGAGUGCGUAUGAUGUAUUAUAUCAAGCACGAAGUAAUAGGAGACUAUGCCACUCAAAUAGAAAGUGGAAUACAUGCAAGUGUUUUAGGAAUGCGUGUACCUAGAGGAGUUGACAGUACCCCACCUAGGCUGUGGUGGGAUACAGAAUGUGACGUAUCUCUAUUAGUGGGCACAUACAUACACGGUUAUGAGAACUAUUUGGCAAUGCGCUCAGACCCACAGCUAUGCUUUGUAGAUAAGUUGGGUCCACCAGAUGAUGCUGAGUGUACUGAUAUAAAAAGUGAAGAGAGGAAGGUUAGAGGUAGUGUCGUAGGAGACGAAGACUGCACGGAUGACGUAUCUAGUGGAGCUGGCGCCACGUCGCCCACUGCUUCGCCGCGGCCUGACGACGACAGCACGCAGGGCAGCAGCGGUGGCCACCUCUGGCCAUCCAUGCAAGACUUGAACACGAGACUUCGCCGGCUUAUUACAGCAUACCAGCGAAAUUAUAAACGAGAAGAACUCAAAUUGCAGCAACGAGCUAAAAUGGAACGACGAGAACGCAUGGAUCAACUUGCUAGAGAUGAAAUUGCACAGUGGCGCUGGACCCGAUCUGAUGAGGAGGCCUUUAGACGCACAGUUGCUUCCUAUGGAGUGGAAUUUGAUCCAACAACCAAAAGUCUUCGUUGGAGUCGAUUUAGAACAUUGGCACGAUUAGACUCUAAAAGUGACGAUGCAUUAACUGAUUAUUUAAAGGCGUUUAUGGCUAUGUGUAAACGUCAGUGUGGUCUCUCUGUGGGUGAAGCAGAACUACCGACAAGGGCAGAUUUAAAAGCAGAACCUAUUGGUGAAGAAAGAGCUAUUGCAACUUUAGAAAGAAUUGAUUUACUACGUGUUUUACGAGAAGAAGUAGCACCACAUUCAGCCCUAGAUACGCGUUUAGCGCUUUGCGAACGUUCACCUGACACACCACCUUGGUGGCAGCCGGCGCGCCAUGAUAAGCUGUUGGUUUUGGGAGUUUGCAAGCACGGGCUAGGAGAUACAUUUAACAAACUAUUUUGUGAUCCAAAAAUGCCCUUUGCGGAUUGCGCUAAUAAAUGGUAUACAACACAUCGUGGUAGCGGAAAACACGAGUCACAAAAUAUUACUUCUGAUGAUGAAGAGAGGAGUAAUGUAGAUGAAUCUACAUACGAAACACGAACGUCUCUUCGACGUAGUAAACGUACCACCAUCGCUUGUGAUCGUGAUAACGAGGAAGACACCGAUGCUCUAUCAGAGCUGGAGAACCUCGCAAAGCUCGGAAGGAUCGAAGGCUCUCUGAGCCCGGAGCAUUGGUUCACGGAGCGAGCUCUCGAGACCAGACUCCAUCAUAUCGCUCAUGCUGUGCAAAAUCGGGAGUGGCCGGGUGCACCCCCGACUCCUAAGACCGGUGAUGGAGGAGUUCGCGCCGCACACGCUGAUCAAGCAGAGGAGCGUAAGCAUGGUCAGAAACGGCAUAUAGCAAUCGAUGUAGAGACCGACCGCGCCAAACUGCACGCAUUACUGUCUUCACCAGCCACCGCGCACUCUGCACCGUCGGCUCACAUGCGCGUAGAGCGAAUGGAGCGCGACGAUGCAUCUAGUGAUUCCGGUUCAAGGCGGUCGACACCGGCGCCGCCGCCAGCGCACCAGCGGGUGGCGCCGUCCCCCGCAGCCGCUGCGGCAACGUUGCCCGCCGCCGUCUCGCCGGGUAACUCCACCCCGGUAGAUCUAUCUGCGCCGCUAGACCUUAGUGAGGCACAGGACUUCUCAAUGGGCCGUCGUACCCCGCACGCUACUGACGGCGUUGCGUCUGCCCCCUCUGCUAUAGCCGCCGCAGUCUCAUGCGCAUCUCCCGUCACACCUACCAGGAGCAAGCUUGACGACACGCUCUCUAGAUUGAUGAAAAGAAAAAAUGUGCCUGCUCCGGAACAGAUAGUUGGUAAAGAGAAGAAGAGAAAAAAACUGGAUGAAAUUGUUUUGGGCUUAUCGGUUGCCAAAGGUCGAAGUCCGUCAGCCACAUUUUUGUCAGACCCAUCUCGUAGUAGAAAUACGUCUAUUCUUCCUGACGUCACUGUUACACCUGCGGUACCUCCAACAUCUUCUGUGGGUUUGCCCAUACAAAAACCAUUCUCAGUAACUGUUACUAAUGUCCCAUCUCCUCAAGCUACAUCCAAAGAAUUGUCUUCUUUCUUACAACAAUCACUAGAGCAGACUAAUAAAGGGCAUAAAAGCACUUCCAGUGUGCCAAUGAAGCCCUAUUCGCAUGAGGCUAAAGUAAAUAAAUGGCUAGCUGAACAAGCUAGUGUAGAUGCUCGUCGUCGUGGAUUAACACCUCGUCUCACACCUGACGAACAUGUACCUGUUGUUCAUCGUGUUACUGGAAAACGUAUAGUUGGACACAAAGCACCUCAAUUGAAGCAUCUGGCGCAAUGGAUAGCUGAGAACCCAAUGUAUGAUAUUGACUCUAAGUGGACUGAAGGUAUUAAAGAACAUGUUAAAUUACCACAAGAUGUACGCACUCAACGACAUUCUCCAAUGCAGUCAACUGUCACCGAACGCAAAAAGGGUAGACCUCCCACUCUCGACGCCUCGUCAGCUAAUGUAUUGUCUUCAAAUGCUCCCCAUAUGAAUCAAAAUAUUAGUGGUUUAAACCCUGCCCUUUUAGCAAGUUUAUCUAGUUUGAGUGCAUUUGAUCCAAAGACAUUAGCAGCAACACUUUCAAACUUAACAGGGUUUGAUCCAAAAUUAUUGAAUACAUUUGACCCAAAAUUAUUAUCUAGCUUAAGUAGCUUCGAUGCCAAGAACAAUCCACUGUUAAAUUCGUUUGGAAGUAUGCCUAAUUUAUUAGGAAAUAUUGCCGGAAGUAAUAUUUUUGCAAAUUUAGCAGGUUUAGGUCUACCUGGAUUUUCUUCUCUUGAUAUGAAUAAUUUAAGUGGAUCAAGUAAUUCAGCAGAAAAAUCGAAACCAAGAAAACCAUCAGAAGGAGCCAGUACAUCUAGUUCCAAAUCUACUAAUCCCCAAUUUCCUUUUGUAUUUCCAAAUCCUAAUAUGUUAUAUCCUCAACUGGGGCUAGGUGGAUUAAAUCCAUUUGGUAUGCAUUCGGGUAUGUCGUCAGCAUAUGAUGCCUUAGGCCUACUUGGCAAUAAUUUGGCUGCAAGUUCUAGUUCAGCAACAUUACACAGCUCUAGCCAUACACGUAAUAAUACAAAGACAACUACUCCCAGGUCAUCAACUGUUGUUACUAGUUCAUCUACAUCACGACAACAAAAAAAUUCUGAUCGUCAACAGUCCAAUCAACUACCUCAGAUCCUUUUGCCACCGGACCCAUACCUGUUGGAAUCUCUUUCUAAACAGUCUCUAAACUACGAGUCCAUUUUAAGAGGAGAAAAACGAUCUCGUGAUAAUGAUAGUCAUGAAACAACCGCUACUGAUUUGUCUAAAACGGAUAAAAAAAAAAUACCAUUUGACACUUUGCGUUCUCAAGUACCUCCUGAAUUUGCUGCCGUACAAGAAAAGCUGUUAAAAGGUGAUAAGAAAGAUAUUGAUAUAAGUAAAAUGCUAUUGGAACAAAUGGCUUCUGGAGCGCUAAGUGCAAGCCUUGUUAGUUCAGCUGAAGCUAAAAAAGCUAAAGAUAGUGAGAAAGACCCGUACGAAAAAUUAAACAAAAGCUCUUCUGAAUAUAUCGCUAGAACAUUAGCAUCUGAGGAAAGCUCCACAAAUUUGUCAUUAACACAUAAAAGAACCCAUGAUGAAAUGAACUGUGAACCAGAAAACUUAGCUCUACAGGCGAAUGAACUUAGAGCAUCAAAGAAACUUAAGGAUUCGCUUGUUGAAACCAAUAGUAAUAUAGAUAAACAAUCGGAAACCAAUACAGGAGAAAUGGAUUUAGAAGACUUAAUAGCUCCAUCAACUGUUAUUAAAACUGGUAUGAAGCCUACUGAUUUUGAUAACAACAUGCAGAAAAUAACACCUACAGAUAACAUACCGUGUCCUGCUCAAUCUAAUAUAGAAAAAGACGAAAGUUUACAACCUAAUCUAACCAGUCCAUACCACGAUGAUUCAAAUGUACUUACUGCUAAUGAACAUAUACAAAUUAACGAAGGAAGUAUUUCGGAUAUUGAUAAUAAAGAUAAUAAUCUUAUGGUUGAUGAUCCAGCCAAUAAUACUGAAAUACCUUCAAAUGAGAGUGGACGUAGAGGGACCAAAAAGAAAACCCGUAAAUCGUCUGAAGAAGCUUCAACUUGUCCGCGACGUGAGUUGAGAUCAAGUGCUGGACGUCAAUCCACAGACAAUAUGUCCUCAAAUCAUUAAGCUAAAAGUGGAUUUAAUACCGUAAUACGAAUAAAUAAUGAAGUUGCUGGAUGAUUACAAUUUCUCACUUGCAUUAACAGCUGACAUAAAUAACUAUAAAAUUUUUCUUUGCGUAUUAUAUUGUUUAAUAUGAUGACAGUUUUUAUUUAAUUUAGCUAAACUAAUUGAAAUAUUGUAAUAAUUUUUUUUUGUGGAUUUUUAUUGGAAAUAUUGUUAUUGAUAAAUUGAUUUUAAUAUGUAUAUUAAUUUUUUAUGUUUAUGUACGGCAUAAUUAUGGUUGCGAACUUCUUAGUUUAUAAACUUUUUAUUUUAUAUUAAAAUAUAUAUAAUUUAACUAUAUAUAAGGUAUUUUCGAUAAUAAAAUAUAAUCUAGGUGUAAAUGAAUAUGUAUCAGCUGAUAAUUUUUGCUGUGUUGAAUUUUAAUAAAUUCUGACGUCGUAUUACACUCAUACUUAUAGACAAAACAAAAUUUGUCUUUGAGAAGACUAAGAGAAUAUUGAAUCUAUUUUCAAUUUUAAUUUAAAUUUGUAACUGUCUAAGAAAUGUUUCUGGUUUCCAGAAAUAUUGUUUCGCUAAGUAUAGGUAACUAGUAAAUAACUUGAGCACAAUUUUGAGAUCAUGUGACUUGCGCUUCAGUAAUUUUAUCUACAAGUCUACUGCGCAAUUUACUUUAUCUGUUUGUGUUCAACUUAUUUUCUGUGACAUUUAAGCUAAAUAUUAAGAAUAUUAUUAAUUAUUCUUCAUUUUGCUUAUAAACUUUU